AUGAAUAAAAUGCUUUCAAAUAGAUUUCCAUAUUUUGUUGUGAACAAUAAAAACUAUCAAAAGAUAUGCAAAAUACAUACGUCAUCAUUCAGUAGUGCAGCAUUCAAGGCUGGCGACAAAAUCCGAAUACAGAAAACCUUAACUCAAAAGGACUUGGAUGCAUUUUCGAACUUGACUAGUGAUCAUAACUACUUGCAUCAAAAUAAUGGUAACAAGAGGCCCAUUGUGCAUGGUGCUCUGUUGAAUGGUUUGGUUGCUGGACUCAUCGGCACUCACUUGCCUGGUCCUGGUACAGUGCUUGUAUCACAGACAAUUAAAUUUCCCAAUAAAUGUUUUGUCGGUGAAAAACUCACUAUUAGUGUGGAACUAGUUGAUGUGAGGAAAAUUCUUAAAGUGAAGUUUUAUUGCAUUGUCGAGGAAGAAAAGAAGGUUGUGUUUGAAGGGGAGGCCAAACUCAUGUUGGCUAAAGACUGUUGA